GCACUGCAGUGUCUGCUGUGAGUGGGAGGCAGAGCGAACACCCAGCCAGGACCGAGAGAGCUUCCCCACAACAGCUUUCAGGACUCAGUUGGGAUGACCAUCCAAAAGCUCUACAUAGCCCUGGAGAUUUUGGUGGGGCUGGCCUGUUGCCUGGGCAACCUGCUGGUGGUCUGGGCGGUGUGUGUCAACCGUUCGCUGCGGCAGCCCACGUUCUGCUUCGUGGUCUCGCUGGCGGGGGCCGACUUCCUGGUGGGAGCGGUGGCCAUCCCGCUGGCCCUCCUGGUGGACGGGAAGGUGAGCUCCUUCUACGGCUGCCUCUUCUCCUGCUGCGUCCUGCUGGUUCUGACCCAGAGCUCCGUGCUGUCACUGCUGGCCAUCGCCGUGGACCGAUACCUGCGCGUCCGCACCCCUCUCAGAUACAGAAGGAUGGCGACCCAGCGCCGGGCCUGGGUUGCCGUGGCGCUGUGCUGGUUGCUGUCGUGCGUCCUGGGGUUCGUCCCGCUCCUCGGCUGGCACAAGCCCUGGCUGGAGAGUCCCGGCGGCUAUGGGUUCACGGACGUGAUGGACAUGUCCUACAUGAUCUACUUCAACUUCUUCGGCUGCAUCCUGGCCCCGCUGGCGGCCAUGGUCCUCAUCUACGCCUGGGUCUUCCGGAACAUCCGGAAACACCUGCGGGAGAACGCGGCCGGCGGUUCGGAAUGCCGCGUGUAUUACCUGAAGGAGCGGAGCCUGGCUCAGUCCCUGGCUCUGGUCCUCACGCUCUUCACCGUCUGCUGGCUGCCCCUGCACAUCAUGAACUGCGUCUCCUACUUUCGCAGCGUCCAACUGCAGUUCUACGCGGGCAUCCUCCUCUCGCACGCCAACUCGGCCCUCAACCCCGUCGUCUACGCCUUCAAGAUCCGCAAGUUCCAGAAAGCCUACCGAGACAUCUGGAGCCGGUACUUCCUGUGCCGGGGCCAGGACGGGCCCUUGGGCGAGCAGUCGGCCGAUAACCUAGGCAGCACCAGCCAGAGCGACAGGGUGGCGAGGGCCGGCAGGUGAGCGGUCAGAGUCCUCGACCGCGAGCUGGGAUUUCGAACACUGAACGUCGUACGAGCGAGCUCUGUGUGUUCUAAUGGCCUUGGUAUGCACUUCUUUGUACGUCGCUUUGGAUAAAAGUGUCUGCUAAAUAAAAUAUCAGGUCAUGUAAUGUAAAGUUCAGUGGUUGGUGAUUGGUGGUAGGGAUGUUGAAUUCAUCUUCUUCUGAGACCUUUUUAGAUAGAUGAGUGCAUGACUCAAUAACAGUUCAAAAUGACAAGGACUGUCUAUGUCAAAAAUAGUCAACAAUAUGAGAAAGAAAAAUGGCUGCAGUUGUGUCAAAACUUUGUUAAGCAGAAACUUUUUAUUCACCAAUACACCCUAUCAAUACUAUAAAAGCAUCAUUGUGAGUGAUCAGCAUACACUCUCAUCGUACGGUGACAAUCAUUCAAACAGAAUAACCAUGUAUCUCUGUGUUUGUUAUCAGUGUGAUUGUUUGUCUUUGGGGUUUCAGUUUGUCUUCAGCUUAAUUUCAAAACGACAAAAUCUGUCUGAGUUCUUGUUCUGUGCUGUAUGUUAAGAAAUAAAAAAUAGAAGAAGAAA